CACCCCCGUAACACCAGCGCCCUCUCCACCUCUUCCAUGGAGGAGUUUGACUUAAACACUCCGCCGCCGGAGGAACGUGUCAGCCAUAGUCACACGCUGACCGAAGAGCAGGCCAAGGAUUGCACCGAGGUUUUCAAUAUGUUUGAUCCCGAGAAUACGGGCACCCUGCCAUUGAAGCAAAUAAAGUAUCUAAUGCGCGCUGUGGCUGUCUUUCCCACGGAUCUCGAACUGAUGGAUAUCUAUGCGGAAAUCGAUACAGAUGGCUCUGGCGAAAUGCUAAGGGAUGAUUUCCUAUACAUCAUGUGCAAGAUGUACAAGCAGAUGACACCCGAAGAUGAGAUUAUCGCUGCCUUUAAAGUGUUCGAUAAGGAGGACACGGGCGUCAUCGCGGAAUCAGAAUUUCGUCACAUAAUGACAAAUUUGGGUGAGAAAAUGUCCGAGGAUGAGAUCGAGGAGAUCAUACGUGAUGCAGAAUCCGAUACGGAGGGCAACAUCGACUACGUACGCUUUGUGAAAAUGAUGUCCGAGAAAUAAGAACGGGGCAGGCGU